AUGCCGUCCGCCCCAUUUGCCAUUUCCUCGCAGUCAAAGAAAAAGUUAAAUGCGUUCACUUUCGAUGACAGACUACUUGGAGGCGCAGAAGACAAAGAAAAUCAAGAUCUAGGACGACGGGUUGUAGGCAAACCAGAUAACAAGGAGGGCGAUUGUGGGAGCGUAGGACGAAACCACCUCUCACAACACGAUAUUCCCCGUACACCGGUUGUCCGAAUACCCUUCGAAGACCUGAUUGCAAACACCGAAGAUGCCUUCAAUUGUCCGCCACCAAACGCCACUCCCAAGGACCAUGUUCUGUGGGAAAUGAAUCCCGACAGCACCGAUGCCUCAGGAGCUGCUGCCGCCACCCAGAGAAGUAGGAAACGUGCCCACAGCUCUUCGCCGACCUCCUCACAACCUGGAAGAUCCGAUCAUUUGUCCGCCCACAAAGACUCCUUGAAUCUGGAUGCGCUGAACAAGUCCCUCCGAACGCCCAACAAUGAUCCCACGCAGGAUUUGUGGAAUCGAUAUACCACCGCAAAUGCAAAGCAAAAUCAGCAAGCGGAACCUACCUUGCCUUCUUAUACGCAUCUACUUCCGUCGUCUCCCCAAACGCCGAGUACAGCUAGCAAGGAAAGUGGACUACGGAGGACACACAGCUGUGGCACAGAGUGGCCAGCCUCGAAAUCGAAACGGCGCAGGGUAGAAGCCAAUGAACUGCAUGGGCGGACAAAGGAAGUAUUCGCGGCCUCUCGGAAGGAAAUCUUGCGCCGUGACCUAUCAAACAAUACCCGGGUGGGACUCCUCCUGGAAAAGAUCCAGGAAAGUCUAACCAAGCAAGUUCCGGCCGAUGAAAGCCCGUCCAGUUCCUCUCCGCUACCAGAUCGACGGUCCCAAGCUCUCCUUUCGCCAACAAAACCUCAAACCAAGACUCGAGUGCAAACUACACCUUCCACGCAUGCCCCGUCCAAUGCACCUCCACAAACAGUGCAAAGGUCCGAAGGUCAAUCUGAUGCGCCUUCUUCCUCGGAGUUCAGCGAUGACGGCCUCGAUAUUGAGGCAUUUGAAAGCGUUGAGCAGGCACUUGCACAACAUGCAGCGCACAGUGACUCGGUAUCAGCACAGCCGCCCUGUGGAGGGAAGACUGUUGGUCGUAGGGUGUCUUCUGGUUCGCGACAAACUGUUUCCUCCCAUCAGACCGUACAGCCUGAAAAUCAGUCUAGAAGCGGUGUCUUGCCCGACCCACCUCCACCAGAAGCUCGUGCUAGAUCUACGCCACAGGAGUUUGAGGACGAAUUUGAUGACGACGACGACGAAGAUCUGAUGAAUGAAAUGAUUGAUCUUGCUGCGCAAUACGACUGUGAGCCUAAUCCUUCGGCGAAACAACCGCCGGCAAUUGUGCACCAUACCGCGCCAACUGACGCGACCUCCAAGCAUUUGGAGACUCUCGACGAGUUCGAAGAUGCCUUUGAUGAUGACGAAGAGUUAUGGGAGGGCAUCGCAAAUGCUACCUCAGUAAAGACACCUGCUGCUAUAGGUUCCACGAACCCUAGCACAAUUGAUAACAGAGCUAUCAAGCGCUAUCUCAUUGUCGAUGUCCUUGAGAGCCAAUACGAGUACAAACCAGGACGCAACCGCCCCGAGAAAAUGCUCUCUGUCAAAGAUGAAAAAACAGGUAUGCUGUACAUUGUCCUUCUGCGGGAUUCUUGGUACGAUACCAGAUGUACCAAGGGUUCCUACAUUCAUAUACUCGGCGUGUUCGACCGCUCAGGUCAAUGCAUCGUCAACGACGCCGAUAACAUGAUCAUACUGCACCCCGAUCAUUUGAUAUCCUCAACUGUGGUGGGCGACGCUUUUACCUGUAUGCGACGUGCUGUCCUUCAAGACAGAGUAAAGGCCACAAGUACAGCUACACAGCCUCAAGUCUAUGGUCACAUUUUGCACGAAGUGUUCGGACAGGCGUUGCAACUAAACAAAUGGGACAUCCAGACGUUCAGAAUCAUCAUCGACAAGAUUCUCCCCUGCUACAUCGAAUCACUCUAUGAAAUUGGGGUUCAAGUACAAGAUGCUAAGGAGUAUCUUUUGGGGAAAGCACCCGACAUGACGGCAUGGGCCAGUGUCUUCGUCGGUGACAAGUUGUCCACCGACGCUGUCAUUCGGGAUCGAAAUGGCAUCCUUGUCCCGACAACUAUCAACAAACUCCUGGAACUGGAAGAGCAUAUCUGGUCACCCAUGUACGGUCUCAAAGGAAACAUUGACGCCACGGUUCAAGCCCAGAUGAAGCUGCCCCAUGAACAAUCAGCCAGAACUCUACUCGUGCCUUUCGAGUUGAAGACGGGCAAGAAGGACAAUGUUGAGCAGCAUCGUGUACAAACCGCGCUCUACACCCUGCUGAUGUCCGACCGGUACGAUAUCAAUGUGACCUGUGGCGUACUUUACUACAUGGAAACCUCAAAGACCUUCCGUGUGGAGGGUGUCAGGAAUGAAAUACGACACAUGAUCAUCGAGCGGAACGAACUGGCUUGCUAUGUUCACGACAAACUUGCUCUGCCACCCAUGAUAAGAAAAGAACAUCUCUGCAAGAGCUGCUACUCUAAAGCUUCUUGCUUCAUCUACCACAAGCUGUCGGAAAAUGGCAAUGCAGAAACCAGCGGUCUAGGAGAGAAAUUCAACGAAGUGGUCGAUCACCUCUCUCCCGUUCAUCAGGCAUUCUUCAAGAAGUGGGACGAUCUCCUGACUCAGGAAGAGCGCGAUACGAUGAAAUUUCGCCGCGAAUUGUGGACAAUGUUGAGCUCAGAGCGUGAGGCAGUUGGGCGCUGCUUUUCAGAAGUCAUGAUUCAGCCGGGAUCUGCUUAUGAAAACCCCGAGAGUUCCAAGAUCAACCGGUUCGAAUAUACCUUUGUCAAGCACAAGCCUCGUCCUGGCUUUUCAUUUACAGAGUCUCAGAUUACGAUAGGGGAACCAAUUGUGAUUUCGGACGAAAAGGGACACUUCAAUUUCGCGGCAGGCUUCGUCACCAACGUCCGACGGACCCGGGUGGUGGUUGCGGUUGAUCGAAAACUGCGCCAUGUCCGACGAAAGUUGACCAACUUCGACUCCUCCAGCCGACAGAUCUUCUCCAGCUUCACAGAUGAGCAGUAUGAAGGCGCUUCUGAUUCCGGGACUUCCGAGACCCCAAUUCUAUAUCGGAUUGACAAGGAUGAGUUCGCCAACGGAAUGGCAACGGCUCGAAACAAUAUCAUCCGGAUGAUGGAGAAGGAUCUCUGGCGGGCGCGGGAACUUCGACAAUUGAUUAUUGAGAACAAACCUCCAGAGUUCAAGGUCACGUCUACCGCUUAUGCCUUGUCUGGGCCGGCUUCUCAGCAGAGUCUUAACAUUGAUCAGCAGAAGGCCAUCGAGAAGGUGAUGAGUGCAAAGGACUAUGCGCUGGUUCUAGGCAUGCCUGGCACCGGAAAGACCACGACAAUAGCACACAUCAUCCGUGCUCUUGUAUCACAAGGCAAGUCGGUCUUGUUGGCCUCCUACACGCACACAGCAGUGGACAAUAUCCUCCUCAAGAUCAAGGACGACCACAUUCCUAUCUUACGGAUCGGGUCCAUCAACAAAGUCCACCCCGACAUCCAAACUUUCGCCGAUGUUUCAGGAGUACCCAAACGCACUGCCGAAGAACUGCAUGUCUCAUGGCACGGGAGUAAAGUCGUUGCGACUACUUGUCUAGGAGUCAAUCAUGGUAUUUUCAAUGCGCGGACCUUUGACUACUGUAUCGUGGACGAGGCUUCUCAGAUCACGUUGCCCGUAUGUCUUGGCCCAAUUCGCAUGGCGAGAACUUUUGUCCUGGUGGGUGAUCACUAUCAAUUACCGCCGUUGGUUCAAAACAAGCAAGCCUUAGAGGGAGGCCUAGAUGUCAGUCUUUUCAAACUGCUGUCUGAUGCACAGCCGGAUUCGGUGGUCACUCUUGAACAUCAGUAUCGAAUGGCGGAGGAUAUCAUGCUUCUGUCAAAAGAAUUGGUCUAUUCCGGACGCAUCAAAUGUGGCAACGAGGCUGUAGCAAAUCGCAUGCUGCAUGUCCCCGACCUGGAAGGCGCUCUUGCAGCACACCACUUCACUGCAUCCUCGCUGCCAGAAUCGAGCCACAGUAGCCCGAUGAUUUGUGUUUCUCCAGCCUCAUGUUGGCUACGACGAGCCUUGUCACCCACAUCUCGGUGCUUGCUCCUCAACAGUGACACCAUCAUCCCAAAUGGGUUGGCCCGCGAAACUGCUGCAGGGGCACGGAUAACCAACGCAAUGGAAUCCAACCUUACCGCACAACUUGUUACCACCUUGAUUCAUUCCGGGAUCGCCCCUCGUUCGAUUGGUGUGAUCACAUUCUACCGCUCUCAACUCGCACUUCUCCGAGCCGAUGUCAAAUCCACUGCUGGGGCUGCUGCGGCUGCGGAGGUGGAAAUGCACACUGCGGACAAAUACCAAGGCCGAGAUAAGGAGGUAGUCAUACUCAGUUGUGUCAGGAGCAACGAGAACAAACACGUCGGUGAUCUCUUGAAAGAUUGGCGACGAGUGAAUGUCGCCGUGACGCGAGCCAGGAGUAAGCUACUUAUCCUAGCAAGCAAGACGACCUUCGAGGGGAGCGGUGUACCCAUGCUCGAAGGCCUGACACGCAUCAUGGACGAGAAGGGAUGGGUGCUGGAUCUCCCUAAUGGGGCUGGCGAUGCCCAUUUAUUCGCGACUGGGAGUCAAGUCACAGGCAUCACUCAAGGAAGUGUAGCAGGCCUUGUCGACAUUGGUGUCGAAAGUCCAUCAUCGUCGGCGGCGAAAAGAGGCAGCCACCAACACAGCAACCUUCGAGACCGGAGGAGUCCAAAGAAACAAGCAACGUUCCGAAAGCCGGAUAAGAUUAUACGCGGGAGCGCCCUCGUCGGAGACGUCGAGGAUUUCUUGACUAAGCGGCCUGUGUUGAGGGAUGUGGUCAACGAUCUGGAAGGAGUCGGGACCGGAAAGGAGAAUAUUCAGCCACAUGGCGAUAUGGAUGACGAUUUCAUGGAUGUAGAUGCCGACUUCAAUCCGGCGGAUUUUGGAGUAUUCUGA